AUGAAGACCAUCCCAUAUUUGAUCGACCCAGACGGCGAUAUCGAGCUCGUAUUGAGUGAGCCGAAUUCCCACCGAAUCAUCCCUAAAAUCCACUCCGAUGACUACUCAACUCACACUGAUCUGCCCGAUUCAGACUUCGACAACCCGCCUGCAACUGGCCCUUACACCGUCUUCGACGAGCUCUACACCAAGCCGACGACCGCUACUAGUACUCAGAAGCUUGAAGAGGAUCAUGAGUCCCGAGAAGUCCGUAUGCGCAUCUUGUCGAAGCACCUGUCCCUUGUGUCCAGCACAUUCCGCGAUCUACUCCUCACUUCAAACAAAAAAGAUGUUUCCGCUCAAUGUUCUGCUUGCCCCUCUACUCCUUGUCGACCUUUUGUCAGGGUCCACACGAUCGGUUGGGAUGCUGUCGCCCUUGCCAUCGUGCUUGAUGCCAUCCAUGGACGUCACGCAGAGAUUCCUCGAGUCAUCAACCUCGGGCUUUUCGCCCACAUCGCAACCGUAGCUGAAUACUACAAAUGCCAGGAGUUCAUCCACAUUUUCUUUAGCUGUGCCCGGCAGACUUCAAAGACUAGAGUUGUUUACGAUAAGACUGUCAGUGAAUGGCUGCGCUGCAGCCAUUUCGUCCCAUCUCCAACGCUCGCCCACACGAGUUUUCCUUUUUUUUUUCUUCCCAACGAGUCUCCUCUCUCUCUCUUCUCCGUCAUCUCUUUCCUCGCCCUUCAAGCUCCUCCUUUCCUUCCUUCGCCCCUCGCCCCGGGCAUAAUCAUGAAGUCCAUUUCAUACGUGAUAGAUCCUGAUGGCGACAUCGAGCUCGUGCUCAACGAGCCGAAUACCCAGAAAAUCAUUCCCGACAGAGUCUUGCCAGGAGAUGGAGAUGCCGCCAGCGACUUACGCUUCCUUGAUCGCUUCAACGUACCACUCCGAGGACGUUACGAAGUCUUUGACUUCGAUACUCCAAUGAUUGGCUUCGGCGUGAAGUUCGCAGAAGAGAUUCCCGACGUUGUACGAAUACGAGUUUCCUCAAAGCACCUUACCUUUGCUUCUAAAGUCUUCAGUGCUAUGCUCCAAGGCCCGUGGGCUGAGGCAACCUCUUCACUAUCCUCCCAGCAAAGUACUCGCCAAAUUUCGACUUCUGCCUGGGAUGCCAAAGCCUUUGCUAUUGUCCUCGAUGCCAUUCACGGGCGUGUUCAAAAGAUCCCUAGGUAUAUCAACCUCGUUCUGUUGGCUCGUAUCGCCACCAUCGUCGACUACUACCAAUGCUACGAGAGCUUAGAGCUGCUUAGCGAUGUGUGGCUCAGCGAUGAGUCUGUUUUAGAGGAGGACUUCUGGCUUUACACCGACAAUUCAUUGCUGCGGCUAUAUGUUGCGUGGGUCUUCAAGAACGACGAUAUUUUCUCGACCGAGGCAAGACGAGCUUUGAAACUCAGCAAGGGACUUUCAGAAUUUCAGCUGAAUGACCUCCCAGUUGGAGGAAUUCUCGAGCUCGUGGACAAAACGAGAACGGAGCUUAUCGGGAAGGUCUUAAAAGGUCUCGACGACCUACUAGAAUCACUGCGCACGGAGAAUGAGUGCCCCGAUCGGGGCGAACUCAACUGUCCAUCCAUUUUGUUUGACACGUUGAUGCAAGAGGGAUUCGGAUGGCAGAACGAUUACGGACCUCUCACGGCUCCCUACUGUGGGCACAGCGUUAAUACGAUGCUGGGCUUCAUCGAAGGCAUUCCCCGACCCUCAUAUCAUCCACCUUAUAAUGAUUAUGGAAGAAGCCGCUCCGUCGAAGUCAACGCAGAUUAUUUGCAUUGCUCGUGCACUAUUCAGGGUCGGAUGAAGGCACUGGUGGAAGAAGUCAUGGAGGAUAACAUGAGUUUUGAGCUUCCAGAGAUUCAGGGCUGGGGAUUGCGAUAG